AGGCAGUAAAAGCAGUGGCAAAAAUCCAAGUAGCCAAAUGGAAAUCAAGGAAUCCUCAAGCAAAUUAAACAGCAGACUAGCAGCAGCAGCCACCAGCGUGGCCAAUGAUUAAGGGCCGGGAUUGUUAGCCGUUCCGUAGUAAUCGUAGCAGCAUCCCCCCGUCCAUCCAUAAACACCACACCACACCACAGACGCCCCCCAGCCCCGCGCUCAAUGCCCGGACAGCAGACGUUAGCGCAACAAUUAUAGAGUAGCAACAGAGAGCAGCCAGCAGCAGACAGUCAGCCAGCCAGUCCCCUGCAAGACACAAUCCCAUCCAUCCACACACAUAAACACACUCCCCCCACAUCAACAUGGACAUCAAGAUUGAGCAGCAGCAGCAACAGCAACAACAACAGCAGCAGCAGCAGCAAGUGGAGCUGGGUCCCUGCUCGCCCUCGGAGGUGCCCAAUGAUCCUGGCAAAAUGUUCAUUGGCGGCCUCAGUUGGCAGACGAGUCCAGAGAGCUUACGCGAUUACUUUGGACGCUAUGGUGAAAUCUCAGAGGCUAUGGUCAUGAAGGAUCCCACGACGCGUAGAUCCAGAGGCUUCGGCUUUGUCACAUUCAGCGAUCCAAAUAGCGUGGAUAAGGUACUCACCCAAGGCACACACGAGCUGGAUGGCAAAAAGGUCGAUCCAAAAGUAGCUUUUCCGCGACGUGCACAUCCCAAGAUGGUUACGAGAACGAAGAAAAUCUUUGUGGGCGGCCUCUCGGCGCCCACCACGCUGGAGGAUGUCAAAAGUUAUUUUGAACAGUUUGGUCCGAUCGAGGAUGCCAUGCUGAUGUUCGAUAAGCAGACCAAUCGGCACAGAGGUUUUGGCUUCGUUACAUUUCAAAGCGAAGAUGUGGUAGACAAAGUUUGCGAAAUUCAUUUCCAUGAGAUAAACAACAAAAUGGUCGAGUGCAAGAAGGCGCAGCCAAAGGAAGUGAUGCUGCCGGCCAACCUGGCCAAGACCCGUGCGGCCGGCCGCUCUGCUUACGAUAACAUCAUGUGGGGUCUGGGGACAUUGCCCGAAGGCUUUCCGGCAGCUGCUUAUGCUGCCUAUGCCGCUGGUCGCGGUUAUUCGGGUUAUCCCUCCUUCGGACUCCCCUAUCCAACUGGCUUGACCAUUUGCGGCAUCGGUAGGAGUUAUGGUGCCGCUUGUAGCGCGACACCGGGCCGCAGCAGAGCCGCUCCGGGCGGUGCCUCUGCUGUCGGUGGUGCUUCGGCGGCUGCCGCCGCUCAUGGCCCACCCCAGUCGGGAUAUCAUCAACAGGCGCUGGCCCUGCCACUUGCCACAGCGCUGACAGCCCGCUCGGCGGCCAUCAAGUCACAGUUUCUGGGCAACAUAAAUUUCUAAGAGCUGAAUCGAGUCUGACAAUGAAUCGAGGCAGACAGCGACACACAGAGAGAUAGCCAGAGAACCCGAGAACAAGGCCCUGCAAAAGUUUUUGAUGUUUACAUUUCGAUUCUCAUUGCCAUUUUUGUCUCUUUCUCCUCGGGUCUCCACGACAACGACACGCUAUCCAAAUAAAUCAUUUGUACAAGUGACAAGUAGGUACAGCAAUCAAUAACAACCACAACAGCAAACUGCAAACUGCAACAGCAACUGCAACAGCAACAGCAAGUGCCGCAAGUGCCACAAACAGCCAUAGUUUAGCCCCAUAUGUAUAUCCACGGUAAUGGUACGAGUAACAACUGAAAACUAAAACUACAACCAGCCGAUAACCGCAUCCAGAACAUGAUGAAAUGAGCCUCAAACUCGAAACGAAAACUAACCAGAGAUUCGAAGAGAACUGCACAACGAAUAUGUGUGCCUCCGAGUCCAUGUAAUCCACACACACAAACACUUAGAGCUGCAGUCUUGUGGCUGACACACAAAUAGCUGACAUAAAUAGCUGACAUUAUAGCCACUCUCUCGUUCCACUUACUCCCCAUAUCGAAUCAGUAUUAGCUGGAAUCCCUAAGUAGUAGCUAGCGCUAUCCACGUAGCACAAUACUCAUGCAGAAAUACUUAUGAGGCUUAGAGGGCUAGCCUCUAACCUCUUAGAGCAGUUCUAUAGCCAAUGUGAAUGAAAGUAUCUACCGUAUAACCGUGUAGCAUCGCUUAGGCUUAGAUCUUUAGAUCUGUAGGCAAACAUAAUCACAUAAACAAACAUAUAACCAUGUAUACGUACCACACUGUAUCGCCUAUACUCGUAUAUCGCUAACUAGAGAUAACCCUAGAAAUAUCGGAAAUAUACUUAUCUACAGUAACUGCAUAUAUACGAUAGCCAACUAUAAUCACACACGAAUCUCUCGUACAUUUGUACCCUUUGACCUGGUCCCAGUACUGCUGCUAUUACUGCUCCCAUUUGUGCGGCAAUUCUCGCAUUUGUGCUCGAAUCGCAUCCCGAUUCAGAGUCAUCCCAUCCCAUCCCAUUCCCCCCGACACACAUUUAAUAUUUAUAAAACUAUUUUACCGUAGCAUUUAAAUGCAAAUUUCAUUUGUAGUCCUUCCUCCUUGUAUACGUUUGUACUAUGCAUAAAUUAGUUGCUGCUUCCCACAAUUGGAACAACAGCAACAGCAGCAGCAGCGGCAGCAACAAUUUGGAAUUGCGAAAUAAAAUGCACAUGGAAUAACAUUUAGAUAACGACAAAUUUUAGCAGGCCUGUCACACAUGUAGUGCCAUUAUUAUCCUUUAAUUAAUUUGCUGCAUAUUAUGUAUGAUAUUUACUCUGGUUUUUUUUUUGGUUUUUUGUGUGUGUUUCGUUUUGUUUUUGCCAUUUCCAUACCCCAUUUUCCUCUACUGAUUUUCAGUUUUUUUUCUCUAUUUUAGUUUCAGUUUUAGCUGGAGCUUCCGCUUCUGUUGUCGGUCUACAUACAUAAAUGUAGAUAUAUAUACAUAUGUAUAUAUUGGUGGUUCCCAUGAGUUUUUAGAGAUAAUUAGCAAACGUGUGCAGAGAUUUUUGCCAUAGCAAAAAGUUCAUUAAUUAGUAGAUUUGUCCAUUUAUCCAUUUGCCCAUUAUCCGUUGUUGUAUUAUUCCGUUUCGUAAUACUAGCAACAAACCGCAUUUGGCCACCCCCCCACAUAUUGUACGAAUUGAAAGCCUUUAAGAAAAUCAACUAUAAAAAUUCCUUCCUUCAUCGGUGCAUCGCUAAAAAAA